AUGGAACUCAAUCCACGGUUUGUGUUUUUCAUGUUGGUCCUGUUUUGGAUCAUGACGUCUGAUCCAAAUGUCCAAGAACGAUAUCCUUCCAACAUAAACCGCUCGAAGAUUUUGGAAUUCGCCAAGGAGGAAAUCAAUUCUACAAGGUCUGCCAUGCUCUCAGACUACGAGUCCGGAUAUGGGAACAUCACAGGGUUCCAUUUGUCCUAUGGUGAUUCCAAACUCGGGAAAAACUAUAGCGGGCCUAUAGAGCAUCCCUUUGUAGAAAACGAGAACUUUAGCAUAUUACCCAACGUUAUCAGUCGUAGGGCUGCAAACAUAUGGAACUCGGAAGGCCAGGUGGUGCAGCUACCGAAGGAUCGGGCUGAUGCUCAUAUGGGAGUUAUAGGGAUCAAAAAUAAUACUGGUGUUUACCCGCUCAACAUCACGGGAUCAGUUAAGGGCACGUUCAUCAAAGUCGAGUUUGAGGACUCUCCUUUACACCCAAUACCGUUGCCUAUCCCCAAGUACCUAGCGGAUCUCUAUGAAUAUAGACUACACGAGCGUCUGAAGAGGGAUAUUGACUAUAACAACCCAACGGGCGAAGACAACGACUCAUUUGAUCUACCGAUUCCACAGCCAGAUGAUUCGGGAAUUAAGAAGGUGGGUAAUAUCACUGUUCCAGAAGGUAUUGUCAAGUUGUCCUUCUUCAACCACGAUCCCGUACCGAAUGCGGAGAUCGACUUCAAUGGGACUACAGUGCUUUCACUCAAUCUAAGAUUGAACGACGAGUUUGAAAGUGACGAACAUGUAAUGUCCCUCCAUGGGAUCUAUGACCAGGGUACCGGUAAUAUUAUUGUAGGCUCGAGAUCUGCUAAAUUCCACGGCAUUGCUGCCUUACCACAGCUUUCUUUGCAAAAUGGCGAACAAUACCAGAAGAGCAAAAUGGCACUAUUUGGAGACUUCAACCAAACAAAAAUUGAAGACCUCAAGUUCCAAACAGUUGAAGACUUGGUUGAUGCCUCUGAGGAAUGUGAGUAUGUUGGAUAUUUCCAUGUGGAAUCCACAAAUCUAACCAAAGAAGAGCUACAACAGAUUGACUAUGAGUUAUUAAAUCCAAUAGGUAGGCCCCAUAGAAAAAUACCAAACCUAAAACUAACUUCAGGGCUACUAUAUUCACCAAACUGUGCAAUUGCGCUAGAUUUGCAUGACUGCCAAGGUUUAAGAGAUCAAGUUUAUGAUAAUGGAUUGAAACGUAUAAUUUUGGUGGCAUCGAUAGUAGUGCUUUGCCAAAUUCUGAUUUUGAUCAGACAAAUGGCUCAAACUAAUACGCCAUCGGCAUUAUCGAAGCUCUCCUUUUGGACGAUAUCUUUGAUGAAUAUGGCGGAUGGGUCAAUGUCUGUGAUAUCAUUACUAUGUUCCAUGAUAUUUACAGACCUAUAUAUACAAUUUGCUGUUUGUGCUUUCUUGGCGUUUACCUGCUCAUCUGUAUACGAAAUGAAGUAUGCCAUUCAAAUUUAUUGCACUCAGCUGAAUGAAAGACCAUUGGAUUGGAGAACAAUGUUACAGGGGACACCUAUUGAUGAAAGAGCUGAACGGUUGGAUCAAGCUAACAAUAGAACCAAUGAAAACGGACAAAAUACAACAAACAAUGAGCAAACAAUGACGGCAGAUGAACAUGCCGUUGGCGCAGAACUAUAUACCCGACAUUUCUUCACAAUGCUUGUCUUUUUAUUUGUUCUUUUGAGCGUUAUAACUUGGCCAAAGAAACACCGUCAAGUCUUUGAAUAUAUUUUCCUAACUAUCUUUAACUCAUUUUGGAUUCCUCAAAUAUACAGGAAUAUUUUGAGGGGAUCACGAACUAGUUUUGGCUGGGAAUUCAUAAUCGGCACUUCGAUAUUGAGGCUAGUACCGGUAAUUUACGUUGAGAGUUUCCCGAAUCCAUUCAACCAUCAUAGAGAUAUUUUCUUUGUCGUAUUUUUAGUUAUUUGGAUGUCUGUCCAAAUUGCAAUGAUGGUUUUGCAAGAAAUUUUGGGGCCAAGGUUUUUCUUGAGUGAAGACUAUUUACCAAAAGCAUAUGAUUACCACCCAAUAAUCACCAAGGGGGAUAUUGAAUCGGGCUUUCAUUUCGAUGCGGAAAACCUCAUCUGUAAGGGUGAUUCGUCAAACGAUGAGGAUUCGAGGACGUUGACAUAUGUUACUGAUUGUGCAAUCUGUAUGCAAAAGUUGGAGAUUCCUGUUGUCAACAAGCCAGGCGAAACUAAUCAAGAACUUAAUAGCCCUUCACCGUCGCAUCAAUCGUUGGAAUCAUCAUCUUCAUUACUACCUUCAUUUGGUAAAGCUACAAAUAUCAUUGCACGUCGUAAAUAUAUGGUUACGCCAUGCAACCACGUUUUUCACACAGAUUGCUUAGAAAACUGGAUGAUGUACAAGCUACAGUGUCCUGUUUGUCGUAAUAGCCUACCUCCCUUUUAA